AUGCCUUUGAAAACGAGUGAAGAACCCGACGAUAGUCAGACGUGGGAACUCUUGGAGAGGUGUAUAUUGCCGAUAGCAUUUUCCCACGCUAUUGCUGUUAUUUUGGCGACAAUAUUCAAUACACUUGGCAUAUCCCAGGCAUCGAGUUUUCUACUUUUUCUCCUCUUCUUGUCUCUCUCCAUUGGUUUGACGUUAUUCUAUCACAAUCUCAAGGUUACUGCUGCUGGCAAAGCCAUCCUCAUCACUGGCUGUGAUUCCAGGGUGGGAUAUGCACUCGCCAAACGUCUGGACGAACUGGGUUUCACAGUAUUCGCGGGCUUUCAAAAUGCAUCAGAGAGCGAAGAAAAAGUUCAGAGUUUAAAAGAGGCAGGUUCCGGGAGGCUUCACGUCCUUCAGCUCGACGUGACAAGCGAAUUGGACAUACACUCUACAUUUCUAUACGUCAACGAAAAUCUUCCGGAUGGUGCACCAGGUUUAUGGGGACUCGUGCAUGCCAACGCGUGGGUUGCACUAGGUGAAUGCGAGUGGGUACCGCUGUCUGUUGUGAAGAAAAGCGGUGAUAUCAAUUUUACGGGUGUUGCACGACUGACUCAAGUAUUCCUGCCGCUUGUGAGACGCUGCCGGGGUCGCAUCGUCCUUGUAUCGAGUAUUCUGGCCAGAAUACCCAGUGCUGUUCGUGGAAUUCAAUGCGCAAAUGGGGCUGCUCUGGAGGCUUGGAGCUCGUGUCUACGCCUGGAAAUGCGACGCUGGGGAGUGGACGUUGUAAUAAUUGAAACAGGUGACUACGUAUCAGGUAACACGUGGUUAAAAGACAACAUUACAAUCCUAAACCAGGCGAGAGACAUGUGGGUACAACUGGAUCCGCAGACGCGCAAAGAGUAUGGUGAGGAAUUAUUCCAGAAGGAAUUACUGGCAUUGGAGAAAUAUACGAAAGGACCAGAAGCUGAUUUGACACGUGUUCUCAGAGCACUGACAGACGGUGUUGUCAAGACAUUUCCAAUGAAACGAUACACUCCAGUAACUCGCAAGGAGAGGCUCCAAGCCUUUGUCAGUGAUCAUUUUCCGAAGUCCAUUUAUGAUAUUCUUUACACCGAUUGAAUCACAGAUUCGUGAAGAUAUUCUAACUCGGACAGAGAGACCUCCUCAAUGAAAGAGAUAAUCGAUUUUUGUCAGCGCAAAAACCUGCCUUAUGUAUUUACAAAUCACAUUAUUUAUUUAUUCAUCAUUCAGUCAGCAGUUUUUCCUCCAAUCCAUCGCUCUAUUUUUUGUCGCUCAUUUGUGUCGGAUGACGGAUUUAAUAAAAAACUGAAGAUCUCA